CUAAGUCGUAACGCCUAGUGAGUAGUGGCCAAUGCUCUCUCAGUGCUGAAGUAGAGGCCAGCUAAUGCUCUCGACAUAGACCGCACACCAACUGAUAUUAAUCUCCCUUCAACAUAUAAAACCCCUCAAACCCUUCCUUUUCUCUAUAUAAUUUCAUUCUCUCUCUCUCUCUCUCUCCUCCGCCAUUCACUAAAUCUUUGGUCUACAAGAAAAUGGGCUACGGCAGGCUUGGAUCAUCUGAGUCUGUAGAUUCGUUUCCAGAAUCUUUCACCAGUCAACUAGGAGAAACCACAUCCAGGCCACGAAGGAGGGGAAAGCACAAGCUCAUUGCCCUCGCCCUCCUUUCACUCGUUCUAGUUGUCGCAGCAGUGGUGUCAGCUGGUUUCCUGCUUGGAUUCCGAACCAAAGCCUCGAACGGGGCCGAAUCGGCCAUUCGGAAGAGACCCACUCAAGCCAUCUCCCAGACCUGCAGCAGGACGCGGUACCGGAGUAUAUGUGUCAACUCGCUCCUCGAUUUCCCCGGUGCUCUCAGCGCCAACGAUCGAGACCUCGUUCACAUCACCGUCAACAUGACCCUCCAGCGAGUCGGGAAGGCCUUGUACGGCGUCUCGGAGAUAGCUAAUGUGGCAAUGGAUUCCCUCUCCCGGUCGGCCUACGAGGACUGUUUCGAGCUCUUGGAAGACUCCAUGGAUCAGCUCUCCCUCUCGUUGAACUCCAUCGCGCCACCGGGGCAGCGCAGCGGGAAGCCAGUCGGAACCACCCAAGACGUGUUGACAUGGCUGAGCGCAGCGCUGACGAAUCAGGACACCUGCGUUGAGGGACUGAGCGGCGCGAAUGGGUACGUGAGGAGCCAGAUGGAGAACCGGCUGAAGGAUCUGACGGAGCUGGUGAGCAAUUGCCUGGCCAUCUUCGCGUACUCGGGAGGGGACCAGGACUUCUCCGGUGUUCCCAUACAGAACCGGCGGAGAUUGAUGGAAAGCAGUAGCGAUUUUCAGAUGGAGGAUGGUAUGCCGGCGUGGCUGACAAGGAGAGAGAGGAGGCUGCUGGAGAUGCCGGUGUCAUCGAUUCAGGCAGACAUUGUGGUGUCCAAAGACGGCAACGGAACGUAUAAGAAGAUAUCUGAUGCGAUUAAGUCUGUUCCAGAUUACAAUAGUCGCCGCACUAUUAUCUACGUUAAGGCGGGAGUCUACGAAGAGAAGAAUCUGAAGGUUGGAAGGAAGAAGACCAACUUGAUGUUUAUUGGAGAUGGCAAGAGUAAAACCAUUAUUACUGGCGGAAAAAACUUCUUCGACAACAUUACCACCUUCCACACCGCAUCCUUCGCGGCGUCAGGGGCUGGAUUUAUCGCAAGAGACAUCACGUUCGAGAACUAUGCGGGUCCCGCCAAGCACCAAGCGGUGGCUCUCCGCGUGGGGGCCGACCACGCGGUUGUGUACCGGUGCAACGUUAUCGGAUACCAAGACAGCCUUUACGUACACUCCCAACGCCAAUUCUACCGUGAGUGUGACAUCUACGGUACCGUAGAUUUUAUAUUCGGCAAUGCUGCCGUGGUGAUCCAGAACUGCAGCCUCUACGCCCGCAAGCCCAUGGAUAUGCAAAAGAACACCAUCACGGCCCAGAACCGAAAGGACCCCUACCAGAACACUGGGAUCUCCAUCCACAACUCACGCGUGCUGGCCACACCGGAUCUCCAAUCAUCCAAGGCCAAUUUCUCGACGUAUCUGGGCCGUCCGUGGAAGUUGUAUUCUAGGACUGUGUACAUGCAAUCUUACAUUGGGGAUCACGUGCACGCACGUGGGUGGUUGGAGUGGAACGCCACGUUUGCGCUGGACACGCUGUACUACGGAGAGUAUAUGAAUUACGGACCCGGUGCGGCCGUCGGGCAACGAGUUCAAUGGCCCGGUUACCGAGUCAUCACGUCGCCUGUGGAGGCCAGCAAGUUCACGGUUGCCGAAUUUAUAUCUGGAUCCUCUUGGCUACCGUCCACCGGGGUAGCUUUUCUUGCAGGUCUUUCAGUUUAAUUAUGUUUUUUUUUUUAAAUAUAUUUUAUAUGAUAUAUAGGUCAUAACAACACUCUUAGCAGGGUGGGAGUUCCCUCUUUUUUUUCCUUUGUAGGAUUAUUAUUUUUUUAAAUUUUUUUACAUAAAAUUUGUAAGAUGAAUAAUUCUUCCGGUAAACGUACCGGUCUUUGUUAAUUUGACUGGAUAAAAAGGAAAUUUGUAUAUUUUCUU